AUGGGGGCAUCUGGCCCUGUGGGAGGUAUCACGGUGACUCUCCUCUGCUGCUGCCUCCUGAGCUCGGCUCUGGUCGAUCCCGAUGAUGUUCUCACAAAAGAAGAACAGAUCUAUCUCCUGGUGGAGGCCAAGGAAAAGUGUCAGAGGGACAUAAAGGCCCAGCUGGAGAAGAUCAAAGACCCCAGCUGCCCUCCAGAGUGGGAUGGGAUCAUCUGCUGGCCAAGGGGCUCCCCCAGCCAGGAGGUGUCAGUGCCUUGCCCCGACUACAUCUACGACUUCAACCACAAAGGUCACGCCUACAGGUACUGCAGUGCCUAUGGGACCUGGGCUGUGGCUCUCAGCAUCAACAAGACCUGGGCCAACUACACAGAGUGUGCCCUGCUCUUCUCCUCCGAGAGCCGGAGCCACCAGAAGGAGGUGUUUGACCGCCUGCACCUCAUGUACACCGUGGGCUACUCCAUCUCCCUGGCCUCCCUCAUCGUCGCUGUCUGCAUCCUCUCCUACUUCAAGCGCCUGCACUGCACACGGAAUUACAUCCACGUGCACCUCUUCACCUCCUUCAUCUGCCGGGCCCUCAGCAUCUUCCUGAAGGACAUGGUGCUCUACUCGGGCACGGCGCCCAGCGACGCCGACAGGAUGCGGGAGGACGACUUCAGGGGUCCCUUGCCAGGACAACGGGGCCACCUGGUUGGCUGCAAGGUGGUGGUGACUCUCUUCCUCUAUUUUCUGGCCACCAACCACUACUGGAUCCUGGUGGAAGGUCUCUACCUGCACAGCCUGAUCUUCAUGGCCUUCCUCUCCAACAAGAACUACCUGUGGGUCCUCAUCAUCAUCGGCUGGGGUCUCCCUGCUGUGUUUGUGUCCAUCUGGGCCAGCGUCAGGGCCUCGCUGGCAGAUACACAGUGCUGGGACCUCAGUGCAGGGAACAUGAAGUGGAUUUAUCAGGUCCCCAUCCUGGCUGCAGUCAUGGUGAACUUCUUCCUCUUCCUCAACAUCGUCCGCGUGUUGGCCUCCAAGCUCUGGGAGACCACCACAGGCAAGCUGGACCCCAGGCAGCAGUACAGGCAACUGCUCAAGUCCACGCUGGUGCUGAUGCCGCUUUUCGGAGUCCACUACGUGGUGUUCAUGGCCAUGCCCUACACCGAGGUCUCCGGGCUCCUGUGGCAGAUCCAGAUGCACUACGAGAUGCUCUUUAACUCCUCCCAGGGUUUCUUUGUGGCUUUUAUCUACUGCUUCUGCAAUGGGGAGGUGCAGGCCGAGAUCAAGAAGGCUCAUUUCCGGAGGCUCCUGGCGCUGCACUUGGGGCAGCAGGCGCGCCCCGGGAGCUGCUGCUGCGCCGGGCGGGGCUCCCAGGCCCCCCAAAGCUGCAGCACGAGCCUGGCGGGGCGCGGAGCGGGGGGCACCCGGGGCAUGCUGCUCCCGGCCCGGCCCCACCUGCCCGGCUACAUCCCCGGCUCCGGAGCCUCGGACCAGCUCCUGCCCUGCCCCGAGCAGCAGCUGAGCCAGAAAGGCCCGGGGGAAAACACGGUGGAUUUGACAGAGCUGACUCAGUGUCACCCCAAGCCCAACAAGGAGCUGGAGACGAUGCUGUGA